CAUAGACUUUAGUGUUCCGUAUUCAAUUCGUUCCUUCGGCCUGUCAAAUGCCGAGGAAUCGCGUCGUAUUUUAUAAGUCAUUUUAGGAAUUAUUUUGUACAAAUACUUUGAUGUAUUUGCUCUAAUUCCGCCAGCCAUUGCACAAUUGGUUUCACAAAAUUUAGUUUUUAUCGCGUUUAGUUUUUUGUUGUAAGAACCACGGCAUGGAAACGUCUGAAAAAGAAAAAACAUGUAGCGACGAAGCCGAGAGCUUGCUUGGAGCGCCGGAGAAGACAUUGGAUUUGCUCACGGAGGCAGUGGAGGGCGUAAAAGAAAGUCAAGAUUUUGAUCCUGACGCAACUGAUUCAGUAUUGGCAGCCAAGGGCAACAACAAGUCUCCUACGCCCACACUAAAGCAGGUUGAUGCUGUCGCGGCCCAACCAAGAAGUCGCAGUGGCUCCAGGAGGAGUUCCCGCUCGCGAAGUGGAUCGCGCAGGUCUCGCAGCGGAUCGGCUCACUCAGCAGCCAGUUCCAGGCGAUCGCGCAGUCGCUCCAAGCAAUCUUUGAAUGGUUCCCGGCGCUCCCGCAGCGGCUCUGCCCGCUCACGCAGCGGAUCCCGGCAUUCUAGUGCACCUCAGGGCUCGCCCACUGGCUCAAGGCGUUCCCGCAGUGGCUCUAGGCGUUCCCGUAGUGGCUCCGCACGUUCCCGUAGUGGCUCUGCACGUUCCCGUAGUGGCUCCGCACGUUCCCGCAGUGGAUCCAGACGUUCCCGCAGUGGAUCUAGGCGUUCCCGUAGUGGAUCAAGACGAUCCCGCAGCGGAUCCCAGCGGUCCCGCAGUAGAUCCGGCUCCAGACGCUCCAGUAGGUCCGGAAGCGGCUUCAGGCGUUCGCGCAGUGGCUCGGGAUCUAGAAGAUCUCGAAGUGGUUCUGGAUCAAGGCGUUCUCGAAGCGGCUCCAGGCGCUCCCGGAGUGGCUCGCGACGCUCUCGUAGUGGUUCGAGACGUUCUCGAAGUGGAUCGGCACGCUCGCAUAGCGGCUCUCGACGUUCGCGUAGUGGCUCGAGGCGAUCGCGCAGUGGAUCUGGCUCCAGGCGAUCUAGAAGCGGAUCAAGACGGUCCCGAAGUGGGUCCCGACGAUCCCGCAGCGGAUCUAGACGCUCCAGAAGCGGAUCCAGGCGCUCUAGGAGCGGAUCCAGGCGAUCUAGGAGCGGUUCUAGGCGCUCCAGGAGUGGAUCUAGGAACGAAUCCAGACGGUCUCGGUCUCGGUCUCGCUCCCGCAGUCGCUCCGGCAGCGCAGGGUCUCGAAAGGGAACUCGAUCUCGGUCGGGCAGUGCUGAAUCACAGGAUGGUGCCAGACGUAAAAGAUUGGCCAUAAGUGAUUCCGAAGACGAAGCUCCAAAGGUGAUCAAGAAGCGCGUCAAAAUCACAGACACGGACAACGAAGAGGAAGAAGACCAGGAUAAUGACCUGGGCACAGAAAAAGCACAAGAUAAAAUAACAGAAAGUUCUGACGAUGAAAACACGCCAAUUUCAAAUGAACCAGAAAACAGUAACUUUAUUUCGGACUUUGAUGCAAUGCUUUUGAGAAAGAAGGAAGAAAAGCGAGUGCGGCGUCGCAAGCGAGAUAUCGAUCUGAUCAACGACAACGAUGAUCUGAUUGAUCAGCUUAUCAUAAGUAUGAAGAACGCCUCGGAUGACGACCGACAGCUGAACAUGAUGGGCCAGCCGGCCACCAAGAAAAUUUCAAUGCUGAAGCAAGUGAUGUCCCAGCUCAUCAAAAAGCACUUGCAGCUCGCCUUCUUGGAGCACAACAUACUUAAUGUACUUACAGAUUGGCUAGCGCCUCUGCCCAACAAAAGUCUGCCAUGUCUCCAGAUACGCGAAAGUAUUCUUAAACUUUUGUCAGAUUUCCCAACCAUCGAAAAAGGACUUUUAAAGCAGUCGGGCAUUGGAAAGGCCGUAAUGUACUUGUACAAACAUCCUCAGGAGACAAAGACGAAUCGCGACCGAGCUGGUCGCCUAAUUUCCGAGUGGGCUCGACCGAUAUUUAACCUGAGCUGCAACUUCUCGGCGAUGAGCAAAGAGGAGCGCCAGGAACGUGAUUUGGCGCAGAUGUCGCGCAAUCGCCACAAGAGUCCGGACCCACAGCCAGCCUCCACAAGCAAAUCCCGCUUAUUGAACCAGACCUUCUCCAGCGAAGACAAGCUCCUUCGUCCUGGAGAUCCCGGCUGGGUAGCCCGCGCCCGUGUGCCCAUGCCCUCCAACAAGGACUACGUCAUCCGCCCCAAAUCAACCGUCGAGGGCGAAAUCUCUACGUCAACAAAGCGUAAGCCAAACCGCUACGAAAAGCAUAUGAAACGCUUUCUGGACUCAAAGCGACUGAAGGAGAGCCGCAGGGCAGUCGAAAUAUCUAUAGAGGGUCGCAAGAUGGCACUGUAAGCAGCAUUCUAGCUAACUUUAAAUAUUAAUUAAAAUCCAAACCAUAGAACAAAAUUUAAAAUAUAUUUUUGAAUAUAAUAA